CUCUAAUUCUGUCAUUUGUAAGACGUCAGAUGGAAGUUGUCAAUUUUUAUGACUACGUUAACGUGACGAUCAAGUGCUGUGUUGUGCCGAAGUUACGUUAUAACCUAGUACACGGAUGUAAUAAAAAUAAAUAAGCAUUAAUCCUUAUCACUUGCUUAUUAAGUUUAUCACAAAAAGACGGACGCAGGACUUUGAACAUGGGGAAUAAGUCAUCAUUACUCCUUAGAGAAGAAGAAAUAGCGCAAAUCCAAGAAGAAACUGGGUUCACACCUAAUCAAAUUGAAAGACUCUACUCAAGGUUUACGUCUCUCGACAAGAAUGAUUGCGGCACUCUCUCACGUGAGGACUUCCUUCGCAUCCCUGAGCUGGCGAUCAACCCUCUGAGUGAACGGAUUGUCCAUUCAUUCUUUGCCGAAAGCCAUGACGACAGAGUCAACUUCCUGCAGUUUAUGAGGGUGCUGGCCCAUUUCAGGCCGAUACGAAAGAACAGAGAGAACAAACUUAACAGCAGAGAGGAGAAAUUGCGAUUUACAUUCUCAAUGUAUGACCUUGACAGUGAUGGCAAAAUCUCCAGGGAUGAACUCUUGGCUAUACUGCACAUGAUGGUUGGGGCAAAUAUCAGUGAAGAACAGCUGACCAGCAUCGCAGAACGCACAAUCCUCGAGGCGGACACCAACAAUGACCAGAUGAUAUCGUUCGAAGAGUUCUGCGGAGCACUGGAGAGGACAGACGUGGAACAGAAAAUGUCCAUCAGGUUCCUCAACUGACCACCAAACUCUUGAAGCACAUACAUCAAGUACAUCCUGACUGCGCUGCUCGUGCUUCUCAUUUACGGGCUUUUAAAUAAGAAAUGAUGCUCUCAAUGUAAUUGUUUAAUGUUGAUGGGGAUUCUAAUGUGUAAUUUGGUUUGACAUACCGAAAUUGAUAAAUAAUCCCGAAUGCUAUCUUUAGAUCGAUCCUGGAAAGAAAACCGAUCAAAUAAUUUAUAUGUGAAAGAUGCGAAACUUUAUUCUGAUUGGCUCAUUUAAAAUAAAAUCAAGACAUUUACAAGCCACCAUGAAACUGUAUUCUGAUUGCUCAAUUUCCGCGAUCGACCUGAAGAUAUCCGAGAUUGUUCAUUAUUUCGGUCGGUAGUAAAUAUUUUUUAUUAGAUAAUAAAAUAUCAAAACUGAUAGAUAAGUUAAAUUAUGAAGAAAAGUCCCGACCACAUAGUGGAUGGUAGCCAAAUAUAGGGAAUAAAGAUAGAUUUGAUGUUGAACUGUUCGUAUCACAAUAUUUACCGUAUUAAUAGUGUUCUACAAUUACGAAAAUAAAUAUUGUACGCCAUUUUGCAAUCUUAAAACUUAACUCGUCACAUUUAGAUUUAGUUUAGCUUGCACUUAGUAUUUUUUGUAUAAUCAUGUGAUACAUAUUGGGGUUAUUUAGGUUACUAGUUAGAUCAUGUAUUUAUUUAUGUCAACCGCGGGAGUAUGUAGUUUUAGUGUUGAAGUAGCAUUGUUGAUAAUAGUACUGUAGUCAUCGGUAGACGGUAAUCUGCCAUAGUAACUUAAUACUUAAUCCAUCAACUCAGUAGUGACGCGGAGUGGUUGACGCAGAGGCGUCACUUUAGGCUGGCGGUAAAAUACGUAAAUUUAAACGGAUAUUUUUUUAAAUUUUGUUACAUGGACUUAUGGCUAAGGGGCGUGCGCUUGAUAUUCGCUUGCUUACGAUAACAAGGUUCUAAGUUAAUUUUAUUUGUAAGAAAUUAAAUUAUAUACCAUAUAAUUUUAUUUUCUUAUUCUGUAAAAAUUUCCAAUAAUCCCAACAGAUAGAUAAAGGCGGAACCAUGACUAUUGCAAACGAUUUUUUCCUUAGUAAAAAUUAACAUAGAACCUUGACGUAGUGAACCAGUGAUUAAUUGAAAUUAUCUGUUUUGCCCCGUCGGAUGCCUUGGACGCCAAACUUUGAGUCCGCCCUGGAGACAAUAACCCACGUUAUUUCACUGACUCACAGUUGACUACUUAAAUCUUCAUCAUUGACGAAGGGUCCUGACGCCUGCCGGGUUCCACGUAGAAUCUAAUUAUCAUUAGAACGACUUGCACACCGCAUUUAUGCAUAUUAGUAAUUAUUAUGUCACAUUUAUGCAUAUAUUGUCGGGUUACCUUUCGGAAAAUUUUUACCUUUCGCCACUGAUCUGCAUAGAAACUACAUUAAUAUAUACUUAUUUUGUGCUUGUGUUUAUGUAGCCUAAAAGCUCUUAUUUAUUGUUGAUAAAUAAAAUUAACUUAUAAAGCAAACAGCUAUGGGUUAACC